AUGGCAUCGUGGAACUUUGGAACAUCUUCAUCAUCACAAAUUAUUGACGAACAACCUUUGAUAUUAGAUAAUGUUGAUGAAUUCAGCAAAGAUGAUGAAUUGGAUAACAUACUUGACGAUGAACACAAUGACGACGACCACAUGACACAAUCAUCUCAACAUGUCAUCCUAGAGUUGCAUGAUCGUAUGCAAUUCCAGUCAAAGGAGGAAACUAUUGCUGCAAUCAAACAAUAUCACAUCACCAACGCCUAUAACAAAGUUCGUAAAUAUUGGGAAAUCAAGAAUAUCGACGGACAACAUACGUGUUUCUCAAACAUACUAUCUCAAGAUCAUACAAAUCUUGAUAGUACUCACAUUGCCGCAAUCGUAUCAAAUUUUGUCUGCAUAAACCCCUCUAUUCCCAUCAAGAGUUUGAUUGCAGAUAUUAAAGCUCGAUUCGGAUAUUCUGUGUCAUACAGAAAAGCUUGGAUCGCAAAACAGAAGGCUCUUACUAUGGAGUUUGGGGACUGGGAAGAGUCUUAUAACCAUCUGCCGAGGUGGUUGCAUGCCGUGAAGGAUGCAAAUCCUGGUACAAUUUUACAAUGCACUACUUCUCUAGUGGAGAUUGAUGGAGAAACUGACAAUAAUUGCUACAUUAUGGAAAGAGUUUUCUGGUCUUUCGGUCCUUGCAUAGAAGGAUUCAAAUAUUGUAAACACAUUCUCCAAGUUGAUGGAACAUUUCUAACGGGCAAAUAUCAUGGAACUUUGCUCACCGCCAUAGCUCAAGAUGGCAAUAGAAAUCUUUUUCCAUUGGCAUUUGCCAUUGUAGAAGGUGAGACAAAGGAGGCCAUGAUAUGGUUCUUUCAACUACUACGAGAACAUGUUUGCCCUCAACAAAAUAUUUGCAUCAUCACUGACAGAGGAAAGGGUAUCCUAUCGGCCUUAAGAUCAGAAGAAGUUGGUUGGGAAGAAGAUGGCUUCAACUCUGUUUUUUACUACCAAUUUACUGUUUAUAUUUUGAUAACAUAA